UCGAAAUUUUUUACCUAUAACGAACACGCCUCUAGACUAUAUGCAUCUUAUAUUAUUGGGCGUUGUUAAAAAAUUAAUACUUCUAUGGACAAAAGGACCGCUUCUGUACGUUUAAGACCAAGAUCAAUAAAAAGAAUACCAUAUUUAUUAAAUCUGCUUAGAAAUAGUACACCAAGAGAUUUUGUUAGAAAGCCAAGAUGUAUACAAGAAGUUAAACAAUGGAAAGCUGUAGAAUUCCGAAAUUUCCUUUUAUAUACGGGACCUAUUGUUUUGAAACAUUCAUUACCAGAAAAUCUGUAUCACCAUUUUCUUAUGCUUCAUGUAGCCAUUACAAUUCUUGUUCGUCCAGAUUUAUGUAAAACGGAAUCUAUUAAUUAUGCAGAGGCUUUACUUAAACAUUUCGUCUUAUUAUUUGAGAUAUUGUAUGGUAAAAAAUUUAUAUCACACAAUGUCCACAACCUAUUACAUGUAUGCUCAGAUGUAAAAGUAUAUGGUCCGCUAGAUAAGUUCAGUGCAUUUCGUUUUGAGAACUACAUGAUGUCCAUUAAAAGACUAAUAAGAAAGAACGAUAAGCCUCUGCAACAAUUGAUAAAAAGAUACGCAGAAAAAGAAAAUAUUGCUUUUCUGUUAUCAAAAAAAGAAUCUAAUUACAAUAAUGAAAAUUUAUAUUCACUAAAAUAUUUACAUAAUGAUGGACCAAUUCCUGAUAAAAUAAAAUCAUUAUGGAAAGUCGUAAGAGAGGACAAACAGUGCGAAGCGAGGCCCGGAAAGUAA